UGAGAUAUCUGUCCAGCUGGGAGCCCAUAACAUUAGAGAACGGGAACAGAGCCAACAGAAACUCUCCGUGCGCCACCGGAUCCCCCAUCCGCAGUACAACGAGACAACCUUCAACAAUGACAUCAUGCUGCUGCAGCUGGCAGAGAGAGCGAAGCUGAACAGAUGGGUGGAUACCAUCGCCCUGCCCAGUGCCAGCGAGAGAGUAAAGCCAGGGACCAUGUGCAGUGUCGCCGGCUGGGGAGGCACUAGCACAGAGAGUGAAUCAACCCCGGACACGCUCCAGGAGGUGGACGUGGUGGUGAUGCCGGAUGCUGCAUGUUCGAGGAACCCUAAUGGGCCAUACAGUGACUAUAAAUCAUGCACCAUGAUGUGUGUGGGGGAUCCAAAGACGGGGAAAGACUCUUGGAAGGUGAUUCUCCUCCUGGCUUCAAGCAUCUUUGAUAAAUC